AGACUCGACGUCGAGCUCUGAACGAACGCACGCGAUCCACGCGCCAACCGAAACUUACGACACGAGUGAUUCCGAAUACCGUUUUCGAAUUUCGAAGUGAUUUUAAAUUUUUAAAUACAGCUUUGGCAGAUAUUUUCCAGCCAGCAUGCGGAACUUCUUACGAACGAUCGCUCUGCUGACAGCUGUCACUGUCACACUGUCCGCGCCCUCGGGCGGCGGCAAUGAAAUACAAGACAGCAAGAAAGACCCCACAACCCACGACCUUCUAGCUUCACUCGGCCUCAAGAAGCUGAGGAUACCCGCGGCUCACCACCGCAAACGAUUAGCUGAACAGGGACGCAGGCACGCCACGGGAGAUUCUAGAAUGUUCGUUAUCAAAUUACCUCCAAACACAAGCUAUUACAACAACCCUGAACCCGCGCCUGCCGCUGCCAGAACGCUACCCUUACAGAUGACUGGAAAUGGAAAACCAGCCAGAGUCUACCACUGGAAUAUUCCCGUACUACGAAAACUCGCCAAGAACAGACCUCAAGCGAGAUUUGACGACGACGUCGUCGAUGUAGAAAGCACACCAACCUGGCCUAAAGGCAUAAACGGCCAUCCAAACGCCUUGGACGGCUUGGCGUACUACGUGCCCGCGAAGAAGACAUCCUUCAGAAAAUACUAUUCCGGCAACGGGAAACCCAAGUCGUUCUACAUCAUUGAGAAGAACAAGAAAACCGCGGAGUAUCAUAGACUACUCCCGUAAUUUAUUUAUUUGUUAGCAUUAAGUAAUCGUACAAUUUUUGUAGGGAAACUUGUUCUUAAGCCUAUGUAAUUUGUCAUUUAAAAAAAAAAAGCCAGCUAUUUAUUUAAUUUAUAACAAUGUAACUUUUGACAACAUACAAAACCAUCCAAAUCAGUUCCUAAAUCAAUUUAUAUAAAUGUUGUUUUACAUACUAUUCACAUGAGUAGAUAAUAUUUCAUUUUAAUAAUCAAACGAGUACAUGCAACAAUGAAUAAAAUACAAUUUUCGUGGAAGAAUUGGAUGAUCCUUGAUCUUCUAAACAUUUAAAACUUAUCACAUUGUACCCUGCUAAACCGAAAAUUUACUAAAAAAAACAUUUUAUUACAAUACUUACAUGACCACAUCACUAAAUCACACUAAUCUUAAAAUUUCGUGCAUUCCGAAUUUUCAAUAAUUAAAUACCUAGUUACUAAUAUCUUUGUCAUAUACACUCUAGAAUAGCACUUUUAAAUUAACUAUAAAACUCAUAAACAGUGACAUUAUAUUUAUUAUAAUUUAAAACGUAAUUGACGAUUACAAUGCCUAUAAAUUAUUGUAAAUAUCGCUUCGCCUUUAAUGUAAGUAAACUAGGUGCUUAGAAUUAUUUUUAAGACUGCGGUUACGAAUUUAAAUGUAAUAAGUAGGUAUACGAUCAGCAUUUAUAAAUCUUAUGUGAGCGAUUACAUAUGUUAUGACUUUGAGGCGACACUGCUUACGGCGAAAAUAUCUGCCACAAGAAAAUACAUACAUUAUUAUUUGUAUUGAUAUCACUCAUUGCGCUGCGUAGCGCUGCCUUGCUCUUGACGCGCUUGUCUAAAAACGUCCAACUGCCUCAACCUAUCUAUACGUUAGGCCGAUGUUGCAACCAUCGAUAUACAUUGCUUAAUUUUGUCUUAAGCCAACGCGCUCAUUGUUGACGAUGUAUACCGUAAGGGAUAGGAGAAGGGAGAGGGAAGGGGCCGUGAAACUCUACCACCAACUGGAUAGAAGACUAAAUGAGAAUUGAGAUUCUAUUCGUAUAAAUAUUGUCCGUGAGAAGAGAUCCCUUGAUUUAAUUUUGCAAUCUGUGCCCAAGGACAAUAGCUUGCAAUUACUUGUUUUGUAUUUCGCUUCCAAAUGGGAGCGAUGGAAAAACAAAAUAAAAAGUAAACGUUAGUUUCAACGUGAUGGAAUACAUAACACAGAAGAACUAAGCAACAUACAUACUGCAAUUGGUUGCAAAAUUAGGCUUCUUUAGGAAUAUCUAAGUAUUUUAAAGUAAUAUAUACUCUUUUUUUACAAACGAAAUACAUGCUUGAAUAAUCGAAUUUGAACUACAAUGUGUGCAUCGUGGCGUGUACAUUGAUGGUUUUUUCUCGCGUUGAUACAAAGCUAACAUUAAAUCUACGCAAUGUACUUCGAUCAACAGCAGUGCUUGUAACCUUGAUUGAAACUAAGUGUACUUAUAAGUAGGUCUUUAUUAGUUAACUUAUUUUGGUCAUAAUUAACUUUAAAGUUAAAGGUAAUAUACUGGCUGGGAUGAAAUAAAUAAAAAACAUGGUAGUGUGUACAUACAUUUCUAAGUAUUUAUGUUUCGAGUACUUUUUUUUUCGGGUCCAUCUUCAAGUAGUUCCCUGUUGCAUUUACUUAUAUCAGUAAAUGUUACAAAAAUGAAAAUUUUACUAAAUAUUUAAAAAUGUAUAACAAACGAAACACUACGAAAACCACAACGAAACUUGUUGUCAAUUGACAACUAUAUAAUAAUAAUAAUAUUAUUAUACGUAUCUAUAUUAUUACCAUUUGAAACUUAAUAUGAUACAAAAUAUUAGGCGGUAAUGUGUGUUAUUAAUGUUAACCUUAAAUAAAUCUUAUAAUUUUGAUGUUUCAUUUUUCAUCUUAUACAUCAUAUAUCUUAAAUUCUGUGACAGUCACCACAACUAAUAACUUCGCAUGUAGAUAAUUACGUUUCUACUUUUGUACAACUAUAAAUAGAUAAAUAAAUAUUUUUGAUUUAUAAA